AUGGAGGAGGAAUCGCCUCCUCCCCCUCCUAUACCAAAAGAUGUAGAGAUGCAGGAUGAUGAUGAUGAUGAACGAAUUACUACAAACCAAGGCAAUUCUACAACACAAUUUGUCAAAGAGAAUCGUGGAAUCUCAGAAGAGGGUUCUAUUUCUCGUCUGUUAAACAAGGGAAAGGAAUUAGGUGCCAAUCAAGUUCCAGGAAUGAGUAAAAAGACCUGGUUUCCUCCAAAAGAAGGAGUCAUGAAGUUAAAUGUAGAUGGAGCCUGGAAGUCAGAUGUAGUAGCAGGAGGUGGAGGAGUGUUCAGAAGGUCAACUGGCUCGUGGUUUGUGGGUUUCUCCAGUAAAUUCACUGUACGUUCUCCUCUUGCUGCAGAACUUUAUGCUUUAAGGGAGGGACUCAUUAUUGCAAGAGACUUCAAGUUUGAGAAGUUGGAGAUAGAAACAGAUGCCUUAAAUCUCAAAGUGCUUCUGGGAAAGAUUAAAGAGCAAGAUCAUCAUGAACUGGGCCCUGUCUUGAGGGAAGUCGUGCAUCUUCUCAAUCAGAACUGGGUGGGGAAUCUUACUCACAUUCCAAAAUUUUGUAACAAAGUGGCUCAUUCCCUUGCUGCUCAUUCUCUUAUCAUGGCAGUUGGAAGCAAAUUACACUAUAUUAUUCCUUCAUGUGCAAAGAGUGAUUAUGAGGCUGAUUUUGAGAAUGCAAAUCCAGCAUAUGCUGAUACGAUAAGAAGAAAUGCGAGGGAUGAGGCCAACUCAAUUGUAGGGGCCAAACGUUCAUAUGAUAAUGCAGAUACUUUGAACCAGGUGGAGACUUCAGGAACUGCUGCUCAACUGGUGUUUGGUUCAAUUGUUACAGACAUCAAGGGAGCCAUGGAUAAUUUGAAAAACAUUGACAAAGGGAAACAUGAUAAGGGUAAAGGGAUAGCUUUCACACCUUUUGUUGUUGGUGGUUCAACAAUGGAUACAACAAUUGAAAUUGUUGAAGUAGAGGAUGGGGAGAUUACCAACAACUGAAGUGCUUUAGUUUUACAAGGUUUUCAAGCAAUUUUGGAGGAAGAUAAUGCAUACGCCAUGGAGAUUCAUGCUUCCUUUGCUUGAAGUUUAUUUACUAAUACUUUGUUUUUCUUCACGUCUUAAGACUACCAAGGCUACGAAUUGUAGGUGUUUAUGCCCCUUUUUGGCAAGUUUUUGGUUCUUGGGGGGUUUUUUCAGUCAUGGCUGUGGGGCCUUGGUUUUAUUGGUACUUUGAUAAUUUUGCCCUUGCUUUGCAAGAAUUUUUCCCCAUGUACAUUUUAGUAUCUUAUUAAUAUAACUUC